UGUCAUACUCGUUUCUGUUUAGGCAGAUAAAGCACAUAUAUAAAAAUAAAUACCUUUGUGAAACAGACACCUACUCAUUACUUGACGCGCUGCCUUCCUGAUUGUUGACUAUGUUCGGCUUUUCUGGCCCGACCAAUGUUUUUACUUUUCACCUGAUGCAAACUCCUCUGACUGUAGAAACCCGGGACAGAUAAUCAAAUUCCAUCAGUACGGUUGGGAGAGAAAAGACGAGGGAGGGGGAACCCGAAUGGAAGCCAUCGGAGUAACACAGAGGAGACAAUCGAGCUAGAUAUAACUUGAAAAGGGGGACAUAUCAUACGUAAAACUAACAUUAUCAAAACAACUUCGUGACCAAGGACACACGGGACUUUCCGCAGUCUUUGACUGUCCUGUAACUGUUAUUAUUAAAGCCAGUUUUGCAUUGUUUAUAUUGUUCGAACAGGGAGGCCCGAUCUGGUGGUGGUGCGGGAAGCGGCCGCCUUGGAGUGUUGUUGUUGUCGUGUGGUUCGGCCUUUUCGCGCACCAAAGAAUAUGAAACAGACGCCACAAUGACAUCCAGAUUUGGCAAAACCUACAGCCGUAAGGGCGGUGACGGCUCAUCAUCAAAGUUUGACGAGGUCCUGUCCAACAAGAGAGCCACACUCAGCACCAAAUGGGGCGAGACGACGUACAAGGCCAAGGUGAGCUCCAAGCGCCUGGGCCAGAAAACUGAGGUGGCAGAGCAGCCUAAGAGGCCCAAACUCUCUGACGACAGCUCUGAGGAUCCCUUUGGCUUUGACAGCGAUGAGGAAUCCAAGACAGUCACCUCUCGUGUCCCACAGCCCAAAGCCUCCCCAGCCAAGCCAGCAUCCACAGAGCUGCCCCAGACAAGGAGGCCAGUCCUCUCUCUGGAAUCCAGCAGCAGGAGCAGCAUGCUAACCAGCCUUCCACCCAGUAGGGCUACCUCUAGUCUGGGCAGUGACAGAACCCAACCCAGGCUAACUGAGGACACAGCCAGGUUCUUCAACACCACCACCACAAUAGCCAGGCCCAGUCAACCGAGUUGGUCCACCGGGGGUGAGUGCGCCACUGGGCAGAAACACAGCUACUCGUGGUACCGCAAUGCCUCGGAAAGCGACAAGAAGCCGAUCGCUCAGACCACCACGCUAAAGAGCGAGGCCAAGGAGGCUUAUGACAACUGGGAUACUGUGAUGGGUCUGGGUCCCACGUCUCCUUCCCCAGAGCCCCCCAGAAAUCCCCCUUUGUCAAUGUUUGGUAGCGUGGGGGACUAUGGCCUGGGUCUAGAAAGGGAGGACAAGUCCUCCCCGGAGCCGACUCCUAGUUAUGAGGUGGGCCAGGGGGGCUUUGAGGUCCCAGUGGAGCCGUCUGAGUCCCAGGACCACUCCCAGUCUCUCCUCAGGGCCAGCACCAAUUGCCGGACCUACCGCCGGCCUAACAAAGGCAAGCAGCCUGGGGACUCAGGAUAUGACAGCGUGAGCAGUACCAGCACGGCCUUCAGUGGUGGGUCCGGUUCUGGCCUGCUGGGAAGCAUCAACACAGAGAACAGUACCAAGCCGGCGGUCUGCGGGCGAACGAGGGACUACACCGUGUUGCACCCGUCCUGCUUGUCGGUGUGUAACGUCACCAUUCAGGACCGGGUCAUGGAGGAAUACACCCCUCCUGCCGCCGUGGCCUCCCCCCUGACAGACCUGGGAGAGGCCGGCCGACUGAAGAAGAAGACAGAACCAGCACAGGCCAAGCCUCCAAGACCCACACAGCGCAAGACUAAGAAAGACACCAAGCUGGACUUCUUUGGCUUUGAAGAAAACAAGGUGGGCUUUUCUGCCUCCCAAGAGGACGAUGGUUCUGACCCUGUGAUGUCCGGCAGUUCCAACUACAAGAUCAAGUACUUUGGCUUUGACGACAUGAGCGGAAGCGACAGCGACGAAGAUGAGGGCUCCCGCGCCGAAGCGAGACGGAAGGCUAGGAGGGCAGCGGCUCCUCACCCCACUGCUGCACCUGCCGUGUCUGUGGCUGCCGUGGACGUGAUGGUGUCCAGCCCCCUGUCUGGCAGCGAGGAGCCGGACGGUCUGACCAGCAGAACCACAGGUCAGGAACAGGGCCUCAGGCCAGAUGUGAUGGACUUCCCGGAAGACAACUCUGCCUCUGUGGGCCUGGAGAUGCCCAAGAGACCUCAAGCCAAACCAGUGGAGAAAUCCAAGGAGUGCAGACAGACCAAUAGGAAGAUCUUCAGUGCCCCCAAAAAGUCCCCCACUAAAGCGGUGUACAACGCCCGGCACUGGAACCGAGAACCAGAGGAGCUGCCCCCUCCACAUGUCCCCCGGUCGACCACUGCCCCUGCCAGCCAGUCGAGUGGGAGCAGCAAGGACUCGACCAACUCUCACAAAGACGACGGCCUGUUCAAGGCACCCCCAUGCCCACCGCCCAAGGUCAUCAAGUCGGUGUCGUUCCCCACCGAGCCCUACCAGGACAUCGUCACCGCACUGAAAUGUAGGAAAGAGCACAAGGAGCUGUACACAGUAGUCCAGCAUGUGAAGCACUUCAACGACGUGGUGGAGUUUGGCGAGAACCAGGAGUUCACCGACGACUUUGAGUACCUGGCGACCGGCCUGAAGAGCGGCCAGCCCCUCAACACACGCUGCCUCAGUAUCAUCAGCCUGGCCACCAGGUGCGCCAUGCCCAGUUUCCGAAUGCAUCUGCGGGCCCGAGGGAAGGUGGCCCAGGUCUUCAAGACGCUCAGUGACGCCCCACAGCACCCAAACCUGUCCCUGUGCACGGCCAGUCUGAUGUACAUCCUGAGCCGAGACAGACUCAACAUGGACCUGGACCGGGCCAGCCUGGACCUGAUGAUUCGCCUGCUGGAGCUGGAGGGGGACCACGCGGUGGCCAAGGACAACCAGCUCACGGCCAGGGAGAUGAGCAAGGUCAAGGAGAAGAUCCGCAAGCUGUGCGACACGGUGCACAACAAGCACUUGGACCUGGAAAACAUUACGACGGGCCAUUUAGCCAUGGAGACCUUGCUAUCGCUGACAUCCAAGCGGGCAGGGGACUGGUUUAAAGAGGAGCUCCGACUUCUGGGAGGCCUGGACCACAUUGUCGAUAAAGUGAAAGAGUGUGUGGAGAACCUGAGCCAUGAAGAAGACAAGGAGAAGCUGGUGGCAUCGCUUUGGGGAGCGGAGCGCUGUCUGCGGGUGCUGGAAAGCGUAACAGUUCACAACCCAGAAAACCAGGGCUACUUAAUUGCCUACAAGGACUCGCAGCUUAUCUGCUCUUCAGCAAAGGCCCUGUGGCACUGUGAGGAGAUGAUCCAGCGCUACAGCCAGGAGACGGGCAUGAGCAGCUCCCUGUGCUCGGGUGGCCCGGCUCUGCCCUACGCCAGCCACAGCAACGUGGGCAAGGCCGUGGAGGACUGCAUGAGGGCUGUGAUCGGUGUGCUGCUCAACCUCACCCACGACAACGAGUGGGGAAGCACCAAGACCGGCGAGCAGGAGGACAUGAUCAUGACGGCGCUGAACUGCGUUCUCCGGGUCCCACAGUUCCUGCCUCAGGAGAGGCGCUUCGACAUCCGGGUUCUUGGUCUGGGUCUGCUCAUCAACCUGGUGGAGUACAGCGCCCGGAACCGCCACUGCCUGGUGGAGAUGGAGAUGGACGGAGGCGCCCCCUUCACCACCGUCCUGGUGGCUGACGAAGAGGAGCUGAAGACGGACGGGUCUCUCAGUGCCAUCGCUGCACUGGUGCAGCUCUUCCUCCAGAGGGAGCAGGCGGCCAUAGCGGCGGAGGCGGAGACGGAUGACUUCAUCAACGACGUGCCCAAGCCCAAGCUCGACCAGAGUGGCGAGUGGCAGGAGUCGGGCGGAGAGAUCCAGUGGGUGGCCUCUGAGAACAACAACACCACCCCCGCCAACACGCUCAGCGAGAAGGAGAAGGCCAAGAAGGAGGAGGAGGGCGAGGAGUUGGACCUUACUAAAGCCCUUCAGCAUGCUGGGAAACACAUGGAGGACAGCAUCGUGGCCUCCUACACUGCACUGCUACUGGGCUGCCUCUGCCAGGGAAGUCCGAUGAAUGUGACUACUGUGAGAGAGAACCUGCCCAAAGGAGAUUUCUCUAUAAUGACAGAAAUGCUCAAGAAGUUCCUUAAUUUCAUGAAUCUUACGUGUGAUGUGGGCACCGCGGGGCAGAAGUCCAUCUCGCGGGUCAUUGACUAUCUGGAGCACUGUUAGAGACGCCUGGCUCAGUAGUGAGGGACCACACUGGUCACUGACCGCCUGGCUCACAUAGUGACCAGGACAGUUUUCUGGACCCUGGCCCAGAAUCCACACCCAGCUAAUAACGACCACUCAUCUUCAUCGUCAUCACCUCGUUCACCAUACAAACUGUGACGGUCCCCGCUAGACAUGAGACCUGAAGCACUGUUUCAGCAUUCCACAUCUCCCAAUAUGACGCCUGCUUGGAAUUACCACUGAACUCAGUGCUUAUGGAAGAAAAUGAUCCAUCUUAUAUUUUCCACUUUCUGGGUUCUAUAUUGUUCCAAACUGUUUUUCUGUACCCUCACAAAAAUGUAAUUUAUGAUUUACUUGGAUUGAUAUUUAUUCAAUAUGGAUUUUUUUUUGUUUGUGCAGACCAGUUUUCUUAUUUUGCUGAAAAAUCACAAAUCAAUAUUUCCCCCUCUUUGCUCCAUCCGUCUCCCUUGACAUGUCUCUUUAAGUUGAAGGGGCAGACUUUGACAUGACAUCCUCCAUUUUAUUGGGUUUGGUUUUCUGCCUGCUGUAAAAGAUUGGCUGCCUCCCUCCUCUGUUAACUUCUGAUUGUCAUCAAAGUGCCUGAACUCCCCUCGUUCCCCUGUGAAUACAUAGACGGCACUGGGCUGUGACCCACACAACUGGAAUAAGAAUGCAAGGCAAAAACUUGAGCUCUCGGCCCGCUUUGAAAUGCUGAAAGCCCCUCAUAGCUCCGCUGCACGGACGCCAUUUUAUUGCUUUCACAGCUCUGUUUGUGUUUCUUACCUCUAUAAUUGAGCGGAGGGUGUCGAAGGUUUAGAAAUGAAGAAAUUGAUUUUUGUUUUUGUUUCAAAGCGCAAAAGAUGUGAGGAUGAGACGGAAUUGUAAGUUUGGUGAGUCCCUCGCCUUGGUCUUAGGCCAGGUCAAUACUUUCAGAGUUUAUAGCUCAAAAAUGUAUGUCGUUUUACUCACGUGGGAGAACUGCACAAUUUAGAGGCCAUACUUACCUCUAUAAUAAUUGGUUAUGGUCAAUAAGAAAUUGGUAUUUGUGACAUUCAUUUGUACGGGGGAGAUUCAGGUGGUGUAAAUCAGGGGUUCUCAACUCCAAGCCUGGGGACCCAGACUACUGCUUGUUUUCUAUUCUGCCUGAUGGUUCAUUGCAUUCACCUGGUGUUACAAGUCUAAAUUAGUCAAUAUUUCAAUAAGAGGGCUAGAAUGAAAACCAGCAGUACUUUGGGUCCCAAGGCCUGGAGUUGAGAACCACUGGUUUAAAUGACCCCCAUACUUUUCCCCAGUUGUUGAAAGCUAUGGAACACCUCACACACUGUUGGUUUUCUGUCUCUGAAUAAAUACAAACCAGUCUAACAAUAAGUUAUCCCUCCCUUUGCAAUACAUCAAUUGCUUUAUUCAAGUGAUCAUUUGAGAUUUUGCCAAUGUGGAUUGUAAUUUACUUUCCCAGAGUCAGAUGAACUUGUGAAUACCCUUUUAUUGUGCAGUUUGAAGGAAGUUGCUAUUUAGUGCAAUUGCUAAUUAGCCUUGGAGAAAUGAAUGGACGUAUAUGGUAUCUUCUAGCAUGCUAGGCGAUACCAUAGACUUCCAGUUAUCGUAUUAAUGCUAGUUCGCAUUGGCUACAAAACUACCUCUUAACUUCCUUCAUCCUGGACACAGGAACAUAAACUUCCAAUAAUUAAUCUUACUGGGGAUUGGAUAAAAGGCCUCAAUACCAACACCCUGAGGUGUGAAUUUCAACAGAAAAGAAAUAAACUGGACUGAAAGACUACUUUAUUUGUAGCAUUUCAUACUUUUUAAAUGAAGCACUUGGGAAAUUUGUUCAUUAACUGAACUGUUGUGUGGCUGUUGCUAUGUCCACGUUCUGAAUUUCAUAAUGUGAUGUCAUUGGCCAUAAAAUAACCGGUUUCAUAGCCAGUGUUCUUGGUUUGGUGAAAUUCAGGCCUGAUUUGGGGACACUUGUGAACGCUGUAUGAAUGUCAGCUGAUGAAGUGGUCCUGUGCAGUUUCUGAUAUUUCUCGUUUAAUUUUCAAAUUCUUCUGAUACUAAGAUGUUGGUGGGUGGUGUGGAGGGGGGUCUAUAGGAUUGUGGACAUAUGACAUUUUCCCAUUUCAUAAAUGCUUAAUUUCUUGUUAGGUGUAUAUUUCUAGCUUGUGCCAUUUGUUGUUUCUCUGCUGUGCUAAGACACACCUAAAACAAUGCAGAUAUUUAAACGUAAUCCACCAACAUACACACCCUCAUCAAUACAUUUUAAGCUGUUAAGCCUCCUGUGUUUCAUCUGAUGUUUCUAUAGUCAUCAACCACACAAUAGCUGUGGCUUGCUACUAUUUUGUUGAUCUUAAUUUCAAAAUAAUGUUCUGAAGUUUACAAGAGCUUUAUUCACAUCUGGAAAUGAACGGAACAAUGUAAAUACUUCUGUAAAUAUUGCUUAUUGAAAAUUAGAAAUGGUAGACUACUUUUCUGAAUCCAAUCCUAUUUUUAUUUUAUACAGCAUUUCUCCGUUGUGUUAUUUGAAAGUCAGAUUCAAAAGGUAUACAAAGCCAAAUGCAGGAACAUGAUCUUUGUACCAAUUUUCAGAAUAAUGUUUGGUUACCUGUAUAUAAUUUUAACUCGAAUAAAAGUUGCUACUUUCAGUA